CACCUGACGAGUAACCAGCAGUCCUCAGGCCUCCAGAGAAGUCUUGAGUCGGCUUCCUGGCGAACUGGGUUAUGGUGAGAGGCCUGGGGUCAGGUAACUUUCCCUCAUAGUCCUUUGUUGGGGAAAUGGAUCCCCUCUCACCAUGUCUGGCUGGUGACGACCUAGAUGCCAUGUGAUGGUCAUUUGAAGACAGGACUUCUGGAUAUCAGGUCUUCCACGUGCUCCCUGCCCAGCAUGGCUGCAGGAAUGGCUGCGGCGAUGGCUGCGGAGACGGCUGCGGAGGGCGAGGCGCCACCGCUGCGGCUCCCGGACCUGUUCGAAAGCGGCCGGCAGAUUCUGGACGAGGUAGAAGCGGCCACGGAGCCCACGGGCUCCCGUGUGAUCCAGGACAAGGUGGCGUGGGGGCUGGAGGCCCUGGCGAAGGCGGAGGCGAUGCUGGCGCAGCUCGACCUGUUCAGCCGCAACGAGGACUUGGAGGAGCUGGCCUCGGCCGACCUCAAGUACCUGCUGGUGCCGGCGCUGCGCGGCGCGCUCACGCUGAAGCAGGCGGGCACCGGGCGCCGCCGGGAGCACCUGCAGCAGGCCCGGGAGCACUUCCGGCACUUCCUCACCGGGUGCCAGCACUACGGCCUGGCCGACUGCCAGCUGCCACCCGCGCCCGCCGCGGACGACGACGCUGAGCCUGCCGCCGAGCCCGAGGACCCCGCACUCCGCUCGCCGCCGCCCGUCGCCGACCUGCUGGCCAUGGCGUCCCAACGCCAGGCCAAGGUGGAGCGGUACCGGCGGAGGAAGGCGCUGGAGCAGCGGCUGUGCGUGCUCAAGGAGGCGGUGGAGAGCGGGCAGGCAGAGGACGAGCGUGUGCGCGAGUACCACCUCCUCCAGCUGCGGCGCUGGGUCAGCAUCAGCCUGGACGAGCUCGAGAGCAUCGACCUGGAAAUGAGGGUCCUGCGCCAGAAGGACGCCGUGGGCGAGGCCUCCACCUCGCAGGCGCCCACGCCCGAGCGGCCGCCCAUGAAGCCCUUUGUGCUCACGCGCAACAAGGCCCAGGCCAAUGUUUUCGGAGCUGGCUAUCCGAGCCUGGCAGCCAUGACGGUGAGUGAUUGGUAUGAGCAGCGCGGGAAACUCGGAGAGUUCCCCGAUCAGGGGAUCGCCCAGACCCCACUUCAGUUCCCAAGACCGCCUCAGCGGCAGGAAAGUCAGGAAGACAAGGAGGAGGAGGAUGACGAGCAGGCGCUCCACAGAGCGCGGGAGUGGGACGACUGGAAGGACACCCAUCCCAGGGGCUAUGGCAACCGACAGAACAUGGGCUAAUCUGCCCUCCAGCCCCGAGGAUGCGCUGCAGCCUCCCUGCCCAGGAGAUCCCGGCGUCUUCCCCUCCCCAGCCUCCUGCUUCAGCCUUGUGCAAGGAAGGUAAAAAGAUGCCAAGUCUUGUUUUGUUUUCAAUAAAGUAUCAAACAA